CCUCGUUCCACGCUGACACCUUCAAGGCUGAGAGGCACUGGCUCAUCGUUUAUUAUUUAGCCACAACACUGUCAACCGUUGAACGAUGAAGUGCGCGAAUUUUACGUUUUCGAAUGUAUGAUGCUUUCCUCGGACACAGAUCCAUCGGUGCACAUACAUAACUAUUUAUUAUAUUAUACAGUGUGGAAAAAAGUUUACAUGAUUUAAUUAUUUUAUUGUAGAGUGUAAAUAUGAUGACCAAUUUGCAUUUAAGUGGGAAGUCAUGAUAAACGAACUAGAAAAAUAAUAACAAUAUAAUGUGAUAAAAAUUGUAUCAAAUGAAGACGUUUUAUAGUAGAGAUUGGUUUUUCAUUUUUCUCUGUUCUAAGUUUGAUUUAUAAGUGCCAGAGAAUAAAUGAUUGCCAUACGACCGAGCAACAGUUUAUGAUAACGAUUUAAAAAGAAUCGGUUCAAAUUACGUACCUGGGUGGAAUGUUAAAUCUUGCUUGUUCUAAUCUUGUUGAAUCAUUAAAACCUGUAACGUGUUUGAAGUGACGUAAGUCGUGUACUUUAAAUCGUGGUUUAUACAAAACAAAGCUGAUAGCAUUAUAAUAGACUUUAACAAACGUACGAUUUAGGUAAAACAAGUUUAGAUAUAAACGAGUAAAAAUUAGCGAGGUUUUUUUUUCUGUAGAGCGCGUCACGAUAAUUGAAAACACCGCGCGUCACAUUAAAACUGUGAGAUAUAAUAAUGUUUUGCGAGAGUUAUGUAUUCACCUUCAACGAAUGGGAGCUCCAGACUAAUUAUUCCUCUUUGUUACAUAUUGGUACAAUUCUCGCGGGACGUGUGCGCUGAAUGAAUGCCCAAAACUACAAUGCUCGGUCCAAACGCGGUUUGUAGCCGCCUCUUCUUGGCGCUCUUAAUUUUAACUCUGAGCUACUUUGUGUACAUGAACUAUCUCCUCUUCGUCAGAGUCCGCGACUAUGCAAUUCGCCGAAAUUCGGACGGGACCCCAACUGAUACCUCCUACCACAACUCCUACAUAUCGUGCGACGUAAAUCCGAUCUGUGACGUAACGGUGAAGAGUUUGAUGCUCGACAAUCCGAACCACUACUUGUUAAGUCCCUUGGCCGUGAUCGUUGACCGUGUGCUCAAGAUCAGCCAGCAAUCUUGGAUAUCACCAAACGAAAUCAGUGCUUUCCAUGUACUGGUGGCAGUCGCAGCAGGAAAAUGUGUGUCGAGUGACUCUCUGUCCCACCGUCGCUUCGGCGUUGUUCUAUUUAUGAUAAGAUCAUGGCUAGACGAUCUUGAUGGACACGUGGCAAGGCAGCGGAAGAAUAUCCGAGGCGAGUAUUCGGAGGUUGGCAGCAUUGGUUACUGGGUCGACGGAAUCUGUGACUCGCUAGGGGUCUUGAGCCUCAUCAUCGGGGUGUACUACUUCAUCAAAGUCAACCCCCCGAGGCGUGGCUACGAGAAGCUACUUCCGGUCAUCGAGUCAAAGGACUUGGGAUCCGGAAAGCUGUACAAGAAGAAGACGCCUCUAGGGCGAGCUGCACCGAAGGUGCUGCUCCUCUUCGUCGGUCAGCUGAUGCUCAGUAGUGCUGGAUGGAACCGGUACAUCGCUCUGUAUCAGGACCUGCUCGAAGGGCAGCCGUCGCAAGGACAUCAGAACAGUAUUACUGGAUCCUCACUUCCUCUCAGUCAGGAGGACAUUCAGUUGACGGUUUUCCGAAGCAACCCCUUCUGGGCUAUCACUUUGUCCUGGACCCUCGUCAAUGCUCAUGCCCUGACGGAUUACCUCCUCCUGGCCAUAUUUACUGACCGUCUCUGGGAGUACGUAAGCUCCAUUCGGUACCUGGGUUACGUGGUUUUGUUCACCGUAUUGGGAGUCACGGAGUAUCACUACAGGAACCUUUGUCAGGAGUUUUUCGACCCCGCGACAUCGGCCCACGUAGAAAGCGAGCAAUCUUUGACGCACGUUGAGAAUAUCAGUUAUAGACUCACUUGACCCCAGUCAAACGAAUCGAACACGUCACCUAAUUCU